AGGCCUUUUGUCCGUCUGGUUCCAAGUAACUGCUCUGCCCAGGAGAAUAGAAGCUUGGGAAGAGACACAUGGCUGCUUAAAGAGGAGCAGAAGAAGAAGAAGAGAGGGGACACCGCAGUCCCCUUUGGCCUGGAGAUGCACAAGCUGCAUCUCCUGACUUGUCUUGAACUGAGUGGAUUGUGAGAAGAAGAGUUUGCUGUGGAUUUUACAUAGGUGCCAUUACAGCUCUUCUGUUUUCACUCACUUUACUAAGAUAUGUGAGGCUGAACUGACGGGAAUGGCUUUGCACUGAGGGCAGGUAGAUAGACCAACGGACACAACGUUAAGUGCAUGAUGGAUGAAGCAACGGAGGACAGAGGCAUGAUUACCAGCCAGCAGGCUCUGUUUGACCCUGACCAGAAGACCAGAAAAUGCCCUAGCAUGACCACUCUCAAAUUGUUUACUAUGGCGAUGUCCUUUGCCAGUUUCUCCAAGGCUCUGACAGGAACAUACAUGAAGAGCUCGAUUACUCAGAUUGAAAGACGUUUUGAUCUUUCCAGCCUGCACAUUGGAUUCAUAGAUGGCAGUUUUGAGAUGGGCAACUUGUUGUUUCUUGCUGUGGUCAGCCAUUUUGGGGCCAAGCUGCAUCGGCCCAGACUCAUUGCCAUGGGCUGUUUUCUCAUGGCUGUAGGGGGCUUUCUCACUGGCCUGACACACUUCUUCAUGGGACGUUACAAGUACGAUACAGUCAUUCAGUUCCAAAAUGACAGUGUGAACAUUGCAGCCUGUGUUGAUCCCCUGAACACAGAACAUGUACCUAAAAUUCAGAUGGAGCCUUCUGAGGAAGACAAAACAGCCUGUGUGAGAGAGUCUGGUUCCAACAUGUGGAUCUAUGUGUUCCUUGGAAAUGCUCUGCGUGGGAUUGGAGAAACCCCUAUCACACCUCUGGGCAUCUCCUACAUUGAUGACUUUGCUAAAACAGAAAACUCACCAUUCUAUAUUGCUUGUCUCCAGACCAUUACUAUCCUGGGCCCCAUGUUUGGUUUCCUUCUGGGCUCCUACUGUGCUAAACUAUAUGUCGACAUUGGAUAUGUUGACAUGGAAAGUAUCACCAUCACUCCUAAAGAUGCGCGAUGGGUGGGCGCCUGGUGGCUGGGCUUCCUGGCGUCCUCUGCCCUCAUGCUCAUCUCAAGCAUUCCCUUCUGGUUCCUGCCCCGCUCACUGCCAAAGCAAGAGGAAGACAAGGGCAGCCAGGAGAACUUAGAUGGGACAGAGUCGACCGUCAACAACAAUCAAAACCUCAAGCUAUCUGACAUCGCUAAAGGGUUUCUUCCCUCGUUGAAGCGCCUGAUGGGAACUCCUGCCUACUUCCUCCUUCUUUGUGGGAGCAUCCUAAAGUACAACUCUUUAAUUGGUCAUUUCACCUUCAAAGCCAAAUACAUGGAGCAACAGUUUGGACAGUCUGCAUCCAGAGCCAACUUCCUCAUAGGUGUGUUGAACCUGCCAGUGGUGGCAGUAGGGAUCUUCCUGGGAGGGCUGCUGAUGAAGAGGUAUAAACUGAGUUUGGUGUCAGGAGCUCAGCUCUCCUUUGCCACAUCCUUCAUGUCAUACCUUCUCCUGCUGCUGCAGUUUGGCACUAAGUGUGACAAUAUUCCUGUGGCUGGGCUCACCAUCUCAUACAAUGGGACACACGGUGUGUCAUACAACAGAGAAACGCUCUUCUCAGAGUGUAACAGGGACUGCUCAUGUUCAACAGAGGAGUGGGACCCAGUGUGCUCAGACAGCGGCAUCACCUACAUCUCUCCAUGUAUGGCUGGCUGCCUCGGCUCCAGUGGAUUUGGCAAGAAUACAGUCUUUCACAACUGCAGCUGUGUGUCCACCUCCUACCCAGCAGGCAGCAGUACAUCUGUGAAUCUGGGCCAUUGUCCUCAGUCCAAGGACUGUAGCCGAAGUUUCACUUCUUACAUGGCUGUAUCUGUUCUCAGCUCCUUUAUCAGCUCUCUGGGAGCAACACCUGGCUACAUGGUCAUCAUACGAUGCAUCUCACCAGAGCUCAAAUCCCUUGCGUUGGGUAUGCAGACCUUGGCAACUAGGUCUCUUGCUGGAAUUCCUGCACCGGUGUAUUUUGGAGCACUGAUUGAUACAACUUGCCUGAAGUGGUCGAUUAAGAAGUGUGGUGGCAGGGGGGCAUGCCGCAUUUAUGACUCUACCAUGUACAGGAUCAUCUUCCUGGGUCUGAUCACUGGUCUAAGUGGUUCUUCGUAUUUCUUCAUGAUUGGCGUCAUCAUCCUCCUUAGACGUCAGUUUCGGAAAACAGAUCCAAAAACAGAGAAGCAGCAUAAAAAAGCUUCAAAGGAAAUUGAACUUCAGAUCCCAUCAAAUCCCACUGAGGACCUGCCAAGCACUAAAACUAAAACUAAAACUUCCAAACUCACCCCUCAUGCUCCCAAAGUUUGUACAGGGAUUGCAAAAGAACUGGAGGAGGUUCGCGGAACAGAGCAGCUCUCCCAAGAUAACAGAGUCAUCUCCACCAAUAACACCCAGGAGAAGAAACAUCUCCAAUCCCUGACAGAGAUUACUGUUGAGUUUGCUCCCCCUCCCAGGGGGAAAGCAAUGAUAGAGAUGGAUGGGCAGAAGUCAGAAGAGGUGGUGAAGGAGGGAAAUGACGAGUUUUGCAGGGACGCAAAUGCUCAGGUAGAAAAAGAGAAGAUGAACUAUCAGCCAGAUAAUGAGAACAGGUUCGAGAAAGAAACAAUGCACAGCAUCGAAACUGAUGGUGUCUAAAACUAAGGUAUUCACCAGGGUGCUCUCAAGCAGAGGCCAACCAGAAUCCUUCUAGAAAUAUUAAAGUUGUAUAUAUUAAAUUGUAUUAGCCCUGAUAAGGAAAUGAGCUGUCAUUGGUGCCAUUUUCACAGCCGUAGAAAUAUAAUGCAAUGUGUGGUAUAUAAAUGGAAUAGUACUGGAUGUGCACAUUGACCAACAGUUCAAAAUUUCUUAUGCUACAUGCAUGAUGUGUAUGCAUACAUUAGUAUGCUACACAGUAGCCAUGCAACACCUAAACUGUAAAACAUUAUAGACUAAACCUCUGAGCCAAAAUGAAUGUUUUUCUUUUUGUGUCAAUAAAUAU